AUAAAGUUGCCAAGUUAGUUGUUUUGUUCGUGUAGUGUUACGGUAGUUUGUUAGCCUGCUUCCGGUCGUUUUGGUGUUUUAUUAGGCUAAUACUGGUCAUUAAAGUGUGACGCGUCGCGUGCACUGCGGAGAGAGGUGAGCUCGUGCUGCUGCACUAUUUUGAACGCGAGGUUAACCGGGCAGCUUUCGCCUCGCGCAAGGAGCAGAGGCGACAAGAAAGAAAGGCAUGGGCUGUAACAAUAGCAAAGUGUGUGUCCACGUCCGCCGUAAAAAGAAAAAACAAACAAAGAACGAAAACCCUCUGAAGGAGAUCAGCAGCACUCAUGAUGGAAGUGGACAAUGCACAGCAGAAGAGAAGGGCUCUGGUCCAGAGUCACAGCUGGAGAAGUAUGAGUGGCAGCUAAAAAUCUUGAAUGAGGUCCUAGCAGCUUCAGGAAGUGAAGAGCGAGACCAGCUUCUGAAGGAUCAUCAGCACGGUGAACUCUGCGUCCUAGUGCACACUCUCACUGAGAUGGUGAAGUCUGAGACAGCUGCUGAGCUCAGUGCUGUUCAUGAGAACCAGAUGAAGAGUUCUAAGGAACAGCACCAGAGAGAAGUGGAAGAGCUGAAAAACGUUCACAAUGAAGAGAAGAACGUCUUGCAGGAAACGCACACAGCAGCUGAAAGUGCUCUAAAGGAGCAGAUUGAGCAACUAACAGCAGACCUAAAGCUGUUCACAGAGUUAAAGCAGCGUGUAAAGGAGUCCACACUGAAAAGAGACCUUCAUAGAAACAUACAAACUCAUGGCAGCCCGGGUGAAUUCUGGGAGCAAGAACAGGAGAGUCUGCUAAUUGUCAUAGAGAUGAAGAGCGAACGUUUACAGGAGCAGGGAAGCAAGCUGCGGCAGAUGGAGGCCCUGGUUGAAAGAAAUCUGGCUUUGGAAGAUCAGGUCCUGCAGGUUCUUCAGCAGAACGAGGACCUCCGAGUUCGGAUAGACAAUUAUCAAACACUAAUACACCAACUGUCCAAGGAGCAGAAUGAGCUGCAGGAGGCGCUGGAGAAGCAAACAUUGCAGAGCCAGAAACUCAGUCAGGAAAAAGAGGAGUUGCUCUUUAAACUCCUGCACAGACGGGACUCCUGUUCAUCUUUUCACAUACCCGCCGUAGUGCCUGCUGAAGUUUCCCAAAGCUGACCUGGCUUCAGCAACACCAUCUUAACACACUGGACUCCACUCACCACAGCCUUGCAUUUUUAAACUCCAGACUUAAGCAAUCCAUACCUCUCAGUUUUAGCCUGCUGCUGGUUUCUUUCCAAAUAACUGUUUUAAGGAAACUGUGGUUUUCAUGCCAUGCUGAAACAAAGGACAUAUUACAUGAGUUUUGCGUAUACUCAAUCACUAUGUCACAGGAAAUCGAUUUAACAGAUUUUUUAUUUUUUGCAUUUUACUUUGGUUUUUAUUUUUUUAAUCUUAGUACCUGUUAUAUGCUUCAUUUACAGUGGCUCAAUCAUCAUUUAUACUGUAUAUGUGUAUUAUGGUGUUGUAUAUUUGCAGGAAUUUAAAAUAUUCCAUUUUUCUCACACACCUGAGCCAACCCAUGAAGGGUUUGAUUAGUUGGAUAUGGCGUGUUGGUGUGUUUUUGUUUGUUUGUUUGUUUGUUUGUUUUUGUUUUUAAAAAUCAUUGUGCAGGGGAUGGUGUUCAGAGGCACUGGAGUGAGAACUGAUGCAUUGUAAUAUGUUACUGAAAAAUGUAUAACACUUUAUUAUGGAUUUAUUUAGCAUAAUGUACCAGUUAUUCCAGGAAACUGACAUCAAAUUAUGCUUUCUGAUUUUUCCACCACCCCCACAAUGGUCCUUUUUUCCCAUUUUUGCCUUACAAAAGCCAAAGCACUUGUAAGUGUAUUUUAAAGCAAUAGGAUUUUUUUUUUUUUUUUUUUUGCUUUUCAGAUGCACUGGCACUUUUAUAACAGUAUUCAUGUAUAUGUAUGUAUUUGUAUAAGGAAGGGCUUUUGUUGUUGGGACAUGUAAGACCUGUUUGUUUGCAUGCUUGGACUUGGACAAGUUAAUUAUUGUAAAUUCUGAGAUCAUUAACCUUUUGUUAAAGAAAUAUGUGAGUGACUGUUUUGGGUCGCUAAGGAGAAAGUCUAACUUUUAAACCUGCAGUGUUGGGCAGAUGCUGAAAGACCACUGCUGUAGAUGCAGUGUUCAGAUGUUGCUUAGAGUGGAGAUGUUUAUUAUCCAGCCUCAUUUUCUUCAUUGUGUACCAUUUUCAUGUUCUGUUGUGAGUUUACCUCUGAACAAGUGCCUUUUUUUUUUUGCUAGGGUUUCACAAAGAAAGAGUCAAAUAAAAUGAAAGCUGCAUCUGAAGUGAAAUGUUUU